AUGUCAAUGCUUGUUUCAUCUCGAUUAUUACCACCCGCAGUACCAUCUCCAUCGAUGACUAUCUAUGAUAAAAGUAUUGAUCAUAAGCAUCAAACUAAUAUGACAUCAUUGCCGAAAUAUUUCAAUGUUCCAUUUGCUAUUCAGCAUGGAUAUUUUCGUUGUAUUCGAUAUUUAUUACAACUUCAUUAUGAUCCGAAUGAACGCGAUGGUCAACUUCGAACACCAUUGAUUCUAUGUUCAUAUGUUGAAAAUGAUCGAUGGAGCCUAUCAAUAGCACAAAAUCUAUUAGAAAAAGGAGCUAAAAUUGCAUUAGAAGAUCAUGCAAGACGAAAUGCAAUGCAUCAUGCAUGUGCUUUACAACGUUUACAACUCGUACGAUUAUAUUUAUCUUGUUUAGAUUUUAAUAUCGAUACAAAAGAUUGUGAAGGAAAUACUUGUUUACAUUAUGCUGCUAUUACUGGUAAUUGUGACAUUGCUGAGUUAAUUAUAAGAUCAGCAGAAAAGUUUGGUAUUCGUCUUGAUCAAUAUGUAAAUCGAGAAGGAUGUUCAGCAGCUGCUCUUGCUCUUAAAUACGGUCAUAUCGAAUGUGCUAAUCAAAUAACUCAUCGUGAUUGGGAUGAAUUUUUUGUUGUCCCACGUCCUUUAUCUAUUUAUGAAAGUCCGUCUUGUCCAGAUGGGAAUCAAACAAUAGUAUUACAGACGAAAAAGAAAAGUGCUUCAAAUAAAAAAUCUGAAACUCAUCCAUCUUCACUUUCGUUUGGUUUGCUUAAAAUAAUUUUCAACGAUAGCGAUACCAGCUAUUCACAUCACUUAGCAGGUCUUUGCAAGCAAGUUAAACAACAUCGCCAUCAUCAACAUUCGAAACAUAAUAAGCAUGAAGCACCACAAACGUCGACGGCGAUGACAAUUAACAAACUUGACCGAACUAAAUCAACAUUAGUUAAUGGUACUCAGUAUUCGAGUACAGAAGCGGUUGUUAAUGAAACACAAUCAACUAAGGAACAUCAAAGAAACUUCGACGCCAAUGGAAAUCUUAAUGGUUCUAAUCGAAGCAGUCCUCGAACGCAAUUACUAGUUCAACAAAAUCAUUUAAAUAAAUCGACUUCAAGCCACCAAAACUCAUGUUUUAUACAAAAAACAACAAGUAAAACACAGUUGUCUAUCGAUGAUUUAAAUUCAACAAAAUUCAAUAAUGAAGGAACUAAAUCGAAAACAAAUAAAUCAACAACAUAUGUGCAAACAUCGCAUUCAACUUUUAAUCGUUCAGAAAAUACAGAUUCGCGAACAAAAAGUCGAUUUCUAAAUUCAACAACAUCAAUGUUAAAUAAUCAAACAUUUAUUCAUUCUUCAACGUCUCAAGCGAGUUCGUCUAAAAUAAAAGCAACCGCUGUUUUAUCAACACCAUCGAAAACAAAAUUAUCAUCAAAUAAUCAUCUAGAUUCAGUUAAAAAUCAUCCUAGACAUCCUUUUUCAUUCGUCGGAUCAGAUUCAUCAACCUAUUCUCAAACCUUGUAUGCCGGUCGUUCAGUAUCAGCUAUUGUACAACAGUCAAAUGCAAAAUCAAAUGAUUCAUCAUGUUCAAUUCACGAAGCUAAAGAACGAACAUGCCGUUAUAAUAAACCUGAAGAAUUGUUCGGUCUUCGACCCGAGGAACUCUUUGCUCCGGAACAACAUCAACCGAAAAUUAUCGAUCAAAAUUCAAGUAUAAACACGAACGAAACUGCACGUUUAAAACGUAAUCAAUUACAAAAACAACAAUACAUGUGGCAACACGAUGUCGAUAAAAUUAUUAAUCUGUACAAUGUUCAUCAUUGUGCUAAUUAUCGUAAACCAGCUACACAACCACCGCCAACAAUUCCAGCAACGCAGACUGUCGCGCAAUCAGAGGCCAAUGGUGAAUCGACAACAAACGGUAGAUCUCGACGAGGGUCAAUAACAAAACAUAAUGCAACAAAUUUGAAAUCGUCAAAUUAUUCCAAACAAUCAUUAAACACUUCAUUAAAUAUUCCACGACGCAAUUCAAUUAGUCGGCCAUCAAUUAAAUUGACGAAUGCAUAG